AUGAAAAUAAGGAAAAAUAUAAUAUUAUCCAUAAUAUCGCUGAUAACUCAGGUAUCUUGCGAGGAAAUUUCCCACAAAGAUCAUUCCACAAGACAAUACUUUGCGAUAGAAUCCAAUUUGGCACUAGAUAAACUAAUAAACUUGCAUCCAUCCUGGAAAUACGAACAUAAUGUACGUGGGUUAGAAAAUCAUUACGUUUUUUCUGUAGCCACCUCAAACCUACAAAAAAGACAAGAUUAUUCAUUAUACGAUGAUGUCCUAUCAUUUCAAGACUUACCAGGAGAAAGUAAUAGACUCUUCAAAAGAAUGGCUGUACCUCCGAUGGAUUCAAGUUUUAUACCAAUUAAAGAAGCCGAGGAAAGGUUGCAUAUUGAUGAUCCUCUGUUCGAGAAACAAUGGCAUUUGAUUAACCCAGCAUUUAAAGGAAAUGAUGUCAAUGUUCAGGACGUAUGGUACCAGAAUAUUACAGGAAAAGGCGUUGUAGCAGCUGUUGUUGACGAUGGGCUGGAUUAUGAAAAUCCUGAUAUUAAAGACAAUUUUUGCAAAGAAGGUUCUUGGGAUUUCAAUGCCAAUACAAAUUUACCAAAACCCACGUUGGCUGACGAUUAUCAUGGUACUAGGUGCGCAGGUGAAAUUGCAGCUGUUAAAAACAACGGCAUUUGCGGGAUCGGUGUAGCGUAUGAUGCCAAAGUAGCUGGUAUACGGAUUUUAUCUGGUGAAAUUACUGCAGAAGAUGAAGCUGCCGCCCUGAUAAAUGCAUUGGACAUCAAUGAUAUAUAUUCCUGUUCGUGGGGUCCACAGGAUGAUGGUACACACCUACAAGGUCCGUCGGAUCUCGUCAAAAAGGCUCUUAUAAAGGGAGUCAAUGACGGUAGAAAGAAUAAAGGUGCUAUCUAUGUGUUCGCCAGCGGUAAUGGUGGUUCGUUUGGAGACAAUUGUAAUUAUGAUGGUUACACCAACUCAAUAUACUCUAUUACUGUAGGCGCAAUCGAUCAUAAAGAUUUACAUCCUCCAUAUUCAGAGAGCUGUUCUGCGGUUAUGGUUGUUACAUAUUCUUCUGGCUCUGGAGAAUACAUUCAUACCACUGAUAUCAAUAAUAAAUGUAAUGACAGACAUGGGGGAACCUCUGCCGCUGCACCAUUGGCAGCAGGCAUAUACACACUACUGUUACAGGCCAAUCCAAAUUUGACUUGGAGGGAUGUUCAAUAUCUAUCAAUAUUAUCGUCCAAGGAAAUCACUAAUAGUGAUGCGGAUUCUCAAAUGGGGGCCCUCAAAAAAAGAUAUUCUCAUCGUUAUGGUUAUGGGAAACUUGAUGCCCUUGCCUUGAUAGAGAUGGCAAAGGAUUGGGAGAAUGUUAACCCGCAAUCAUGGUACUACGGGAGAACCGUUACUGUAGACAAAUCAACGACUUCUCCUUCUGAAAUGCUAGAAUCAGAAUUUGAAAUCAAUGAGGAAGAUCUAAAGAGGGCCAACCUGAAAAGAGUUGAGCACGUGACUGUUACGGUUUCCAUAGAAAGUGACAGCAGAGGCUCUAUAAUCGUCGAUUUGAUUUCUCCAAGUGGAAUGGUCUCUCACUUAGGCGUUGUAAGAGAACGUGAUAAAUCUAAGGAUGGAUUUAAAGACUGGACUUUUAUGUCUAUUGCACAUUGGGGUGAAUCAGGCGUUGGCAAAUGGAAAUUGCAAGUCAGAACUGCACAUGACAGCGUGAAUGUCAACUUUAGAGAUUGGAGACUAAAGUUCUUUGGAGAAUCACUCAAUCCAGAUGAUUCCGUGAAGUUCGAGUUUGGUAAUGAUAAAGAGGGAGAUGUUGUUGUUACUUCUACGAUGUCUCCUUCUACUUCUAUUACAACGCCUACGCCAGUUAGUUCGACAUCAAUAGAUAUGACGGUGACAUCUGUUCCGACCUCAACGUCACGCCCUGACCAUAAUACUCCUAAAAAGAUUUCUCGUCCAGAAGAUGCGAUGCAUUAUUUCAUUGGUGUAUUUAUUCUAGGAUGUGUUUUCCUAUCCCUUUACUUCUCAUUCUUUGUUAAGUCAAGAAGAAGAAUAAGAAGGUCAAGAGCAGAAGCAUAUGAAUUUGAUAUUAUAGAUACAGAAUCUGACUUUGACUCCACAGUUGAUAAUAGCAUGACCUCCAAUACUGGAAUGGAUGAUGCAGAAGACAUUGAGGACUUUGACUUUGAUUUAUCGGAUGAAGAUGUCAACCUGACUCAAAACACCGAUGGUAUUGAUACCAUGUUAACUAUGAAUGAAUCAGGCGAAACGUCGGAAUCUCAAGAAAUUAGCAACCAUGAAAGAUAA